AUGUAUAUUACUUGCUUCAAGAGGUUAUUUGUAACAGGUCACCUGUUAAAUUUGAGAAACAUCUUGAAUCCACUGAGAAAGGACGGCACUCCGCGUUGUACUCAAUAUUGCGUUCCCAACGCUACGCAACGAAAAAGCAAUACCGCGACGACUGCCCGCAAGGGCCAAGCCAUGAAACGCUUCUAUUGCAACAAGUGCAACCAAGGCUUUACUCUUAAGAGCAACUGCGUGCGCCACGAGCGUUACGAAUGCCAACAACACCCACGAUUCAUGUGCCCUUAUUGUAGAAUCAGGUGUAAGCAAACCUCGCAAAUUUACACUCACAUACGGAAAAAACAUCCCAAUGAAGACAUUUACGUUGUUACCAUUGAUAAACAAUCGUUAAUAGCAGUGCCAAGCUUCUACGACCCCUUUGUGAGCAUAUUAUCGUCUAAUCAUAGCUCGGUACUGAUGCAGCCGCGACUACAGCGACGCCGCCCCGAGCCCACGGCCAAGGGCUAUGUGUGCGAAAAGUGUGGAAAAUCGUAUGUUUUUCAACAGAGCCUGAACAGACAUCGGCGGUAUGAGUGCGGCUUAGACCCCCGUUUUCUCUGUCCCUACUGCAAUUACAAGUCGAAACAGCAAACUCAUAUCAAGGAGCACGUGGUGCGCAAACACCCGAACAAACGGGUAUAUGUUAUCGACAUGCUCGAGUGA